AUGAAGCUCUUCAAUCUCCUUCGAUUACCUGCGGUGCUCGCUGUGAUGCUGGCGGCACCAGUAGCUGUUACUGCCGAACAUACGAGUAAUUGGGCUGUAUUGGUGUCAACCUCACGCUUUUGGUUCAAUUAUAGACACCUGGCCAACGUGCUCUCGCUAUAUAGGACGGUGAAACGACUGGGAAUUCCUGACUCGCAGAUCAUCUUGAUGUUGCCGGACGACAUGGCAUGCAACCCUCGAAAUGCCUUUCCAGGAACAGUAUACAGUAAUGCGGAUCGUGCGGUAGAUCUGUACGGAGACAAUAUCGAGGUCGACUAUAGAGGCUACGAGGUGACGGUAGAGAAUUUUAUAAGGUUGUUGACGGAUAGGGUUGGAGAGGAAAUGCCGAGGAGUAAGAGGCUAUUGACGGACGAUCGAAGCAACAUUCUAGUGUAUAUGACGGGACAUGGUGGAAAUGAGUUUUUAAAAUUUCAAGACGCCGAGGAGAUUAGUGCAUUCGAUCUGGCUGAUGCUUUUGAACAGAUGUGGGAGAAGAAGAGGUACCAUGAAUUACUCUUCAUGAUCGAUACGUGUCAAGCAAAUACCAUGUAUAGUAAAUUCUACUCACCCAACAUCAUCGCUACGGGGUCCUCGGAGAUCGAUCAAUCCUCUUACUCGCAUCAUGCCGAUAAUGAUGUUGGUGUUGCGGUCAUCGAUCGAUAUACCUAUUACAAUCUCGAUUUCUUAGAAACACAAGUCCGAGAACCGAGCAGCAAGCAGACUCUAGCAGACCUUUUUGAUAGUUAUGAUGAGUCAAAAAUACACUCACAUCCUGGAGUUAGGUGGGAUCUGUUCCCAGGAGGCGAGCAAGCAGGGCGUGAGAGACUAGUGAUGGAUUUUUUCGGGAACGUUCAGAAUGUCGAGGUGGAUAGUACCGCGGGAAACGCGACGGAGUUUGAAGAAGACUUAUUGGCAUUGGGAAAGAAGAUCGCUGAGAUACGGGAGCGAGCUGAAAGACAAGAAGCUGAUGAGAGAAACGCUAGCUUACCUGAGCCGCUCCACAGUACCCAUACGACGAGAAAACUCAGAGCUACCAAGGUCGAAGCUGACAACAGGUCUUGGGGAAAGACCGCUGUUGGGGUAUUGGCUUUAUCAGGAUGCUCACUUGUCUGGUGGCUUGGAUCACAAAUGGACUCGCCGGCCUAG